AUGCUUAAUUUCUCCGUACGGUAAUCAUUUUUUUAAAUAUAUAUUUGCAAUAGAUUUGAACUACCAUAUCGGUUUGAAUCGUUACAUACUGAAGUACGUGGGCAUCUGGCCGGAAGAGAGGAAGUGGAACCGAUCUUCGAGUUACCACGUCCUGGUAGCGUCCCUCACGAUGCUAUGCUUCGUGUGUGCUCCACAAACCAUCAAUCUACCGCUCAUCGCUCACGACAUGAAGCUAGUGGUCGAGAAUUUAUCGAUGGGCAACAUGACCAUCUCGAUUGCGCUUGUGAAGACCAUAGCUUUUUGGAUGAACGGCAAAUGUUGUAUAAUGAUGUGCGAGCUCGUAGCCUUCUCCUACGUGUCCCUACGUCUCGUUUCCAUGAAAUACACCGACGAAACUAUGAUCUACCAUGGCUACUUCCCCUACAAUAUAACCUACAGCCCGAUCUACGAAUUGACGAUGAUUGGUCAAGCUUUAGGUGCCAUAUAUGGAGGCACCACGUACGCAGCUGUGGACACUUUCGUCGCUCUGCUAGUUCUUCACGCUUGUGGACAACUGUCGAAUCUAAAGGACGACUUGAGGAACAUUCACUCGUACGAUAAGAAAGAUCUGGAAGCAAGAUUGAAGAAAAUCGUCGAGAAGCAUAACUAUAUCGCUUGGUUCUUUCGUAGAAACAAUAGAGAAUUGCUUCAAUGUGAUGCUUCUGACACAAAUGAUCAGUUGCACCAUUCAACUAUGCUUCCAGACUUUCCAAGCUAUCAUGUCAUUUGGAGAGGAAGCAGUGGAGUACAUGAUUUUCGAACUUACAUUCCUGACUAUCUAUGUAGUUUGCGUGAUGGCGCAAUUGUACCUGUAUUGUUACGUGGGCGAAAAACUUAUAGUACGGAUAUAGCUGACACGGCAUACCAUUGCGAAUGGUACAAUUUACGUCCUGAGAACGCGAGAUUACUUAUAAUUAUUAUGUGUCGAGCGAGAGCAUCACCGUUCAGGAUUACAGCUGGCAAAUUUUGUUGGUUUACUAUAAUAUUAUACUCUCAGAUUUGAACUACCAGUUCGGUUGGAACCGUUACAUAAUGAAGUACGUGGGUAUCUGGCCGGAAGAGAGGAAAUGGAAACGGCCUUCGAGUUACGUUGUUCUGAUACCGUGUUUCAUGAUGCUGUGUUUCGGGUGUGGCCCACAAACCAUUGAUCUGCCAUUCAUCGCGCACGAUUUGGAUCUGCUUGUCGAGAAUUUGUCGAUGGCUAACAUGACUGUCACGAUUGCGCUCGUGAAGACUAUGAUUUUCUGGACGAAUGGCGAAUGUAAGAAUUUCAUGUCUCUGCUGAGAUGCAUAGCCGAGGACUGGGCCACGGUGGAGACGAAAACUGGACGAGAAAGAAUGGUGAACAUCGCGAGCAUCAGUAGAAAGAUCACGAUAGCAUGCACGAUUAUGUGCGAAUUCGCGGCCGUUUUCUUCGUGUUUCUACGAUUUUUUCUCAUAAAACGCGACAGCGAACUGCUCUUACAUGGCUAUUUUCCUUACAACACAACGAUCAGCCCAAACUUCGAGCUGACAGUGACUGCACAAGUAAUAGCCAUUAUAUACACAGCAGCUUCGUACUCAGCUGUGGACACUUUUAUCGCUAUGCUGGUUUUACACGCUUGUGGACAACUUUCGAAUCUAAAGUACGAUUUGAGGAAGGUCCAUUCGUGCGAUAAUUCGAACGAUUUACAAAUGAAGUUGAAGAAAAUUGCUCAAAAGCACGAUUAUGUCAAUAGGUUCGUACCAAAGUUAUCAGUUAUCAGGAGAACUUUUUGA